AUGGUGCCGCCCAACAUCGUGGACGGUGAGAGCUCCGGUGACGUGAUGGUGCAGGAAGGUGCCAACAUCACCCUCAUGUGCAGUGCCAGUGGCACUCCCACCCCGUCUAUCACCUGGAGACGGGAGGACCACAUGAAUAUCAACCUCAACAAGACUUAUAGAGUGACUGAGUACAACGGAGCUAGCUUGCAGUUGGCUCGGGUCAGCAGAAUGGACAUGGCGGCUUACCUCUGCAUCGCCCGCAAUGGUGUUCCACCCAUCGUCAGCAAGAGGAUCCAAGUCAGCGUCGACUUCCCGCCCAUGAUGAGCAUCCCUCACCAGCUAGUGGGCGCGCCCCUGGGGUACAGCAUCACCCUGGAGUGUACCAUCGAGGCUCACCCGCCUGCCCUCACCUACUGGACCCGCGGCCAGGGAGUCAUGCUGCACCAAGGCCGCAAGUACCACAUCACUGAAAGGCCAGGGGAAGUGUCGUACCGCACACACAUGAAGCUCACCAUCAGGAGCCUUCGUAAGGAUGAUGACUACGGUCCCUACAAGUGCGUGGCCAAAAACUCCCGAGGGGAGACCGAGGGACUCAUCAAACUCUACGAGACGGAGCCUCCCACACCGGCGCCCACAAACCCUCCCUCCUACUUGGACAAGCUCUUCAAAGACUUUCACUACAAGACGACCAACAGCGUGGCAGGGAAGGGCCAGGGAGACAAGUUGGAGAACCAGUCUGAGCCCGGCGACGAGGAUGAAGAGAUCCUCAAUCCCGACGACCUUGAAGAGACGGAGGACCUGGACCAGCUGGAGGGGACGCGCCAGCGGGAAGACCGGAGGAGGCUGGAGGACGAUAUAAGACGCGAGAGAGGGCGCCCCCUGCAGGAGGAACAGGGACAUUACUUCACAAAUAUCUUCAAUGUCGCAACAGGUGUGGAGGCGUGGAUACCUGUGCAGUUGGUGGUGCUGGGAGUCGCAACUCUCCUCUACAACUUCCUCUUGUGAUGAACAUGACGUGCCAUGCUUAAAUCGAUUCUCCCAAUUGUGAAUAACCUUAGCUAGAGUUUCCACAACGUGAACUUGCUUUUUAUCGCUCUCUCAUCGUUAUCUUUUUUGAGAGAGAGAGAGAGAGAGAGAGAGAAUGAGAAUUUAAUAGACAGAUCUGUCUCUGGUGUGCUAUAAGUGUGACUCGUAGACGAAUGUUUAUUUUAUCCUGAUUUUUUAAAAUACAUUUAAUCCGGAUUUUUUAAAACUGUUUCGACAUUUUUUUCCUUUCGUGCUACAUCGCCAGAUGAUGCAAAUUAAGACUAUUUAUUUGACUUUUUAUGUAAAUAGACGUUGACCCCCCCCCCCCCGCAUAAAAUUCAACUGUUCAGAGCAAUAUUCUUCUCUCUUGGUUUCGAAAAGCAUAAUUUAAGCAUUUAUCUCCGGGACAUCAACGACAUAUCAAAAUAGCUCAAACUGAAGUCUACGUCAGUUCAAAACUUGAUCUACACUUCAAUAUCUUUACUCAAAUUCGCUAUACGCCACGAUUAGUAAGAAGUAAGUUUAUUCAGGUAUAGGUACACAAAUUCAGUUGCAUAAAUUAUCAUACACAGCAGCACAUGUGUAGAUUACCUAGUAUAACCCAAAAAAAAAAGUCAUUGUGAAACAAUUUCAUCAUUCUCAACUCGCCUAAAGACGGUCUUUUCCAAAUUAGCUAAAAACUUUGCCGGUCUUGAGAUGCACUGUAAAAUCCCCCAACAAAAGCCAGUCUUUUUAAAGACUCUGAGAAAGUUACUCUCAAAACAUUUAUCAAAUUAUUUCUAUUAAUUUUUGAAAAGGCUGGAUUAGCAAGCUAGCGGAACGACUCAGUCAUGUACGCGACUAAGAGUUCCAGUGACAGGUUGUCACAAGACAGAACCGCAUCAGGAGGCAUUUAUCCUGUUUCCAGGGUCCCCUUACCUACAUUCUAAACGAUGAAACAAAUACUCUGCGUAUUACGCUCAUGAGAAAGCUCUGACCAAACAACACUAGACAGAAACCCCACUAAACGACACCCGACAGAAACCCCACUAAACGACACCCGACAGAAACCCCACUAAACUUAAGAUACACUCAGUAACGCACACUUUACACACACAAAAAGAAAACACACAGGCCAAGUAUCUAUCGACAAGUGCCUUCGACAACUAGUAACUAUUACUAUCGUAAAGAGACAGACGUUAAAAAAAAUAUUCUUAUAAAAAUUCCUUGCCAAAUAACGUCCUCGCAAGAGCACAGGAGACACCCAACGAGACAAUAAAGGGCCCCCAUUCAACACGAGGAGCGUAAUAUUCAAGAAAAUGCGCAGGAAAGUAAGCGACAAAACAUUUAAUAAUACACAAACAUUCCAAGCAAAUACUAUUAACCAAUUUCCCCACUUAACAAGAGACAGGCACUCGACAACACCCCUGUCCAGUUAUAUACAGUCCAACCAGACCCACUGCAGAGAAGAGCCAAUCCAACCAGUCAAUCUCAUCCACGAAUAACACUCGAAAGCACAGAUCUUUUGAUCAUAUGCCCUGACCUGUACCCAAAUCAAUCCCAGUACCCAAUUCACUACCAAUUUCCCACGAGAGAUUGAACAUAACUACUGACCACAUUUAAGGAAAUGAUCAUUAAUAAUUCACUGAAGGGGCACCUCUAAGGAAAAUGUUUCGGUCCAUGGACUUUGAUCACGUUACGUACUGUACAUGUAUUUGAAGUGAUCAAGGUCCAAGGAUCGAAAUAUUUUCGAUAAAGGUGACUUGGGUGAAUGCAUUAGUGUCAGUGUUCGUCAGGCUGUUGCCUUAUUACUGACCACCUUAUUGGUGAAGCAACGACCUCACCAGAGAUGAGCUUACGUACCGCUGCAAAAACAUGAUACUUUCCAUCCACGAAAUCUUUUUCACAUACACACUAGUAGCGAAUUCCUGAAUUUAUUUAAAGAGUUCGGUACUUUACGAAGACGAUGAAUGAAAGUAUUCGUUAUGGGGUUGACAAAUGUUG